AUGAUCUUCAAAAUCAUUGUUUAUAAUUACUAUAUAACACAGCCUCCCUCCCCUUUCCCUCUCUCCCCCACAGACCUCCCCCCCUACACUGGACUGGCUCGCUCUCCCACCUGGCUCCCAGCUGGCUUGCGGUGCCGGCAAGCUAAGGGAGGGCUAGUGCUGUCCUAA